GACUGACUUAGUCGCGCGCCGUGUCUCUUAUCGUGCGCACCUUCCCGGACAUUCCCCACAUAUCUACCACCGCCACGUCGAAGAUCGGAUCAGUCGACUGCGAACUUUUCACGAUUCCUUUCGUUCCUCGCUCCAAUCCAUCCGAACGUAUUUCCAUUCGUACUCAUAUUUACAUCCAUCCAUCGUUGUUCGUCUUCGUCCAAGUUUUGCUGACCAAGUCUUCGCGUCGGGCCGUGUCGUGUUGCCGAAUACCGUUUCGGUCAAGUUUGCGGGGAAGAUGCGGCCUUGUCAUUGGAGCUGAGACCGCCUCGCAGGCUACGAAAGACGGAAGGUCCACAGCCACGACCGAUCACCAAAAAGUAAGAAAAGCUCUAAAUAUCGUCUCGCGUCUCGUCCUUUCCACGUUACUAGCACAUUCGCAAGCGAUUGUCGAAAGCAAACGAAAGAACUCGAAAGUCAAAUACCUCCCGAACAUUAGAGAAAAGCGAACGUUAGAGAGAACGUACGGAAGGCAGGCGAGAGUUUUCAGAGCUCGAAACUGAGAGAAAGAUAAGAGAAAGGAGGUAAGAGGGAGAGGGAGUGAGAAACAAAGGGGCGGGGGGAGAAAGGCGAAAAGAAGAGCGAAAGAAAAACGAGCAAAAGAGAAAUAGACAGUGGGGAAGAGAGAGAUAAAUAAGAAAAAGAGCUUGGAAAAGGGAGAAGGGCGAUCCUAUCGAGGGGUCGCCGAAGGCGUUUAAAAAGAAAUGGCAUCGAGGUCCAUGCAGUACGUUUCGAUGAAAAUCCUACCGAAUUCUGCGUUCCUCACGUUCCUCGUCGUUCUUCGAUGUUACGCUAGCGCGGACAAGGCAAGCUUCGCGAAGCCGCCUCCGUGUUCAAGCGACAUAUACUGCCAGGGCGAGCUGUUGCACACGAUACAGAUGGCUUCGAUCUACAAGGACUCGAAAACGUUCGUUGACAUGAAGAUGAGAAAUCCGCCGAACGAAACGCUGUUGCUGUUUCGCGAGUUUAUGGACCGAGUCGACCAAAUGCCUACCAGGCACGACAUCGAGAAGUUCGUGAACGACACGUUCGACCCGGAAGGGUCCGAGUUCGAAGAAUGGGAUCCGGAAGAUUGGACCAUCCGGCCGAAAUUUCUGAACAAGAUCUCCGACGACGAACUUCGGAAAUUCGCUUCGGACUUGAACCACAUAUGGAAGAUGCUCGGGCGGAAGAUGAAGGACGACGUUCGAUUGAACGAGGAUCACUACUCGAUCAUUUACGUCCCCAAUCCGGUGAUCGUUCCCGGCGGUCGAUUCCGCGAGUUCUACUACUGGGACUCUUACUGGAUAAUCAAGGGACUCUUGCUCUCGGAGAUGUAUACCACCGUCAAAGGAAUGUUGUCCAACUUCGUUAUGAUAGUGGACAAGAUCGGUUUCAUCCCUAACGGAGGCAGAAUUUAUUACACAAUGAGAUCUCAUCCGCCCUUGUUGAUACCAAUGGUGGACGAGUAUUUGAAAGUAACGCAUGAUUACAAGUGGCUCGAGGAAAACUUCCACCUCCUCGAGAAGGAGUUUGAGUUUUGGAUGACCAACCGCACGGUCGAGGUCGAGAUGGACGGAGUCAAAUAUACCUUGGCCAGAUAUUACGAGGAGUCCUCGGGACCGCGACCGGAGUCCUACAAAGAGGAUUAUCUGACCAGCCAAAGCUUUCGUACCCCCGAAGAGAAGGACAACUAUUACGCGGAGUUGAAGACUGCUGCCGAAUCGGGUUGGGAUUUCUCCAGUCGGUGGUUCAUACUCGAUGGCACGAAUAAAGGUAACCUGACGAACUUGAAAACGAGAUACAUUAUCCCCGUCGAUUUGAAUUCCAUAAUAUAUCGAAACGCGCAGCUUUUGGGGCAGUAUAGUCUGAGGCUAGGCAACGAAACGAAAGCAGCUUAUUACCGGAAAAGAGCAGAACAGUGGAAACGGGCUGUGACCGCCGUGCUCUGGCACGACGAAGUCGGUGCUUGGCUCGAUUACGAUAUUCUGAAUGACAUCAAGAGAGAUUACUUCUACCCGACCAAUAUCCUCCCGCUCUGGACCAAUUGCUACGAUAUCGUAAAGAGGGAGGAGUACGUCUCGAAGGUGCUUAAAUAUCUCGAGAAGAAUCAGAUCAUGUUGAACCUCGGGGGUAUACCGACUACUCUCGAACACUCGGGUGAACAGUGGGACUACCCGAACGCUUGGCCUCCCUUGCAGUAUUUCGUUAUCAUGUCACUGAACAAUACCGAGGAUCCGUGGGCGCAGAGGCUUGCUUACGAGAUUACUCAGCGAUGGGUUCGCAGUAAUUACAAAGCGUUCAACGAGACGCACAGCAUGUUCGAAAAGUACGACGCGACGGUGUCGGGUGGCCACGGAGGCGGCGGAGAAUAUGAAGUUCAAUUGGGUUUCGGUUGGAGCAACGGUCUCGUCCUAGAUUUGUUGGACAAGUACGGUGACAGGCUGGCGGCCGAAGAUCAUUUCGUGCCGAACGACGUCGUACAAAAUUCGGCCCCGCAGCAGGUCGUCGUUUCGACGGCUGGCCAAGUGAUGACCGGCAUUCUCGCUCUCAUAAUCUCGAUAGCCGCGGGAUUUAUAGGAAUGGUGGUGUACAAGAGGCGGCAUUAUUACGUUCCCGGACCGUCGACGAUGCCGAACAAGAGAAAAGUGAUCUCGCCGACUAGAAACCUUUACCGAAAGAGGAUCGCCUAUACCGAAUUGAAGGACAUGAACAACGAUUGACGAAUGUUCGUCUUUGAUAGACCCGAUUCGUUUGAACCGACUGUGAAGCGACAAGAGCACCAAAAUCGGUAGAGAAGAUGGAGCGCGAGGAUUAGAAGCCGUGACAAUUAUUGCGCACAAUUCGGAUCUGCAACGAUAGGGACCGAUCCGUCUCGAAACCGUGUUGGCGGCUGUUUCCAAAGCGCUCGCUAUCGUGUUGCUGAAACUGAAUUACCGUUACCUUUGUGAGAUAGUUUACGUCGAUCUCUCGAGUCUCCUCCGAGUGUGUUUGUGCCUUUUCGUUCGGCGAGUCGCACCGUUUCGAUUUGCGAAGUCAGUGUUCACGGUGGCGGUGACACGGCGACACAAGAUGAAAUCGCAGCAAAAUGAUUUUCCUGGAUUCGAGGACGUUGGGAAGGAACUGCGGAUAAUCUGAAACGAGACGCGAUGUGAUACAUCGGAGACUCAAGACGAUCACGUUCGUCCUCACCUCUUCUCCAGCAACGGUUUUCUUCUUUCACUUCCUGUUCACAGUCGGCCUAACGAGUUUCAACCUAAUUAUUCCUGCGUUUGACGUGCAAUUAAACGCGAUCCGAAGAUAAUAGGAGAAGCGCUCUACCACUGCGUCGAAAGGGGAAUCAGAGGGUGCGCAGGCUACGGAAAAUUCGUUGGACUUAGAAUAGAGAAACUGUAAUCGAAGUUGAGGCGCGGGAAUGGAAGGUACGGGUGCACGCAAGUUGGACGAGCCGCGUACGUUCUUUAUAUAUAUAAUAGGUAACAUGAAAUUACGAUACUAUAGAGAAUAUUUUUGCGGAUAUUUUUGUACAAAGAAAUCCGUUUCACCGCAUAUUAAUAACAUUAACCGAAAACUGCGCGAAGCCUAUACACGUUUCAUUUUCAUUCUUGUCGUUUCUUCGCUGAUACCAAUCAUCCGCGCAUUUAAUCGACGGAAGGAUUCCGCGAGCAGAGCUAUGCGAGCAUUGCAAUCCGAUAAUCGGACAACGAAGUGACGGUUCACCUCCAAUUCUUAGUUUCCCACUCCAUCUCCGACUUUUCAGCUCGAUCGAAAUGUCGGUUCUGUAAUAUACAUAUAUUGGAGCUAGGAAGAUUUCACUUACGACGGCAGAGGCACAAAGAUUUUUCCUUAAACCCUUAGUGAAUAGCAAUAGGCCAUACCCAAGAGUAUAUGUAAAAAGGAAUGUUCGUCCAAUUGGGAAUGAAAUCUUUAAAGCUCCAUACGGUAUAAUCUUUUGCUAUAAAGAAGGCAUUCUGGUCUAAUUAUCGUGUGACACGAAACGCGUUGACUGAAACAACACCAAAGCGAAAUACAAUUAUGGUAACGGUGUAAAGUGCAAAGGUCCCUUUUUUAAUGCUUCUAUCUCGCUCGAAGUGCCUUCUUUAUAGAAGAUAAAUGUAAUGCAACUAGAAAGCGCUGUAUUUUUUUUUGCUCUCGUGGAAGCAGGCUCCAUACGAGAAGGCAACCGUUCCUUAAUAGUACAUUAUGCAACAAAGGGGUAAAGUCGCCCUCGCUUUGCUCGGGUAGUAAUCACUCAAGGGAAUAAUUGACUUUACUGCCGUGUUGCAUAUAAUAUUUUAUUCACGACUGAACUGUAAAGCCACUGUAUUUAAAAGUAAUUAGGAACUGAAUGUAUUAUAUUGAUAAAAUUUUCUGAGUUUUUUAUCAUUUAAAAAAAAAUUUUUUCCCCCGUUUGCCAUGGUCGAAGUAUAUGAGGAAGAAGAAGAGAAUUAUUUUACUUUAUAUGUGCAAAACUAAACUUUUACUCCCGCUUAUAGUGUACAAGGGAAAUAUGAGCGAUUUUAGUCCCGCUUUUCAAGGAGAAAAAUGGCUUUUUCAGUCAGCCGUGAAUAAAAUAAAUAGUGUAAAUAAAUGCAUUAUGAAAUUGCAAGUAGCGAGCGUCAUGUACCUGCUUCUCGAUCAAAAAGUCGGAUGAUUCGUAAGAAUAUGCAGCAGCGCAGCGUUUUGUUAGCACCGCGACGAAAACAUCUUUCCACUCGAAUUUGCUCCUGUACAUACAUACAUAUAUACCUACAUAUAUUUUGCCCCGAAAUAAAGUCUUCGUUUCAAAGAAUUUUUUACGAACGAUAGAAACAAGUUGCAUCCUAGGGUCCGGCCGGUUUGCCGUAUCGGUCGCGUACGUUUUCUAAACGCGCAGCAGGAUACUUUCGCGUUAAUAUUGCAGUUUCGGACGAAACGUCGUUUCGAGCAUGUAGGAAAGGUAUUUUAUUUAUAAUAAUUAGCUUACUUUUAAUAUUUAUUUACAUCGUUCAUCGUUAUAAAACAUCACAGCGCGCGCGCGUAUUCGGUCGUUGCUUUUAGUUACCAACAUUGUGGGGGGAGGAGGGUCUAUAAGAGUGCCGAAAUUUUAUUCUUUCCUCCCAUCGACGAGAUGGUCAACUUCCGAUCCUCUUUUGCGGACAACGAAUCGAACAAGAAUCUUAGGUCACAAACUUGCAUACACGUUCUAUAUGUAGUACUUUGAUUAUUGUGAUACUUGGAAAUAAGUAGCUACUUACAUCACGUAA